AUGACUACAAGAGAUUCUCGCCCUCCUAAGAGGGUUGCUAUUGUGGGAGGUGGAAUUGCCGGUAUUGCUUGUCUCUGGGGUUUGCGGGACUCCAACUACGAAGUGCACCUAUAUGAAGCCGAUGACCGACUCGGCGGGCAUGCAAAUUCCGUCCCGUUUCACGGAAAUGGCAUCGUGAGAGACGUUGACACAGCCUUUGUCGUUACGAAUGAGGAAAGCUACCCACAAUUCAGCGCCUUUAUCAAAGCCCUUGGUGUUGAGACAAUUGCUACCGACAUGUCUUUCAGUGUCUCGGAUAGUGAUGGUUUCAGGCAGUGGGGAAGUGCAUCGUUCUGGAGCUUCGUUGGCUGCUUUUCGAAUUUGUUCAGACCGUGGUUCUGGAGGCUUGUAUUUGACAUUGUGCGGUUUAACCAUUUCGCAACAGAUAUCCUUCAUGAAAAGGCGGAGUGCAGCAAAUCGGACGAACUUGAGUCGAUCGGGGAAUAUCUGACUCGACAGCGAUACUCCCGACAGUUCAAGCGAUAUUAUCUUAUCCCCAUGGUGGCGGCUCCAUGGUGCCUUGAUCCCGAGGAGGCUGCACGUACAUUCCCGGCGGAGACGUUGAUCCGGUUCAUGUCACAGCAUCGCGUGUUGGACACUCUUACCCAUAAACUGCAGUGGCGCAGCUUCGGCAAUGGGUCCAAAUCAUACAUAGAAGCUUUUGUGAGAGAAAUGCAGAAAAACCAUCAUUUGCAUCUAGGGACAACAGUACAAAGUGUAACGAGAAACCCAGAUUCUCACGUGUCCAUCAUCACACGCACUGGAGUUGAAGAGAGGUUCGAUCGUGUUGUACUGGCUGUGCAUGCUGAAAUUGCGCUGCAAAUGCUGGGCGAUGAGAUCAGCACUGUGGAAGCUGAUGUCCUAGGAGCAUUUGAGACUAGCAGGACUGUUUGUGUACUUCAUUCGGACGAAACCGUUCUCCCCCAGCGACCGUCGGCCCGUCUGUCCUGGAACUGUAUCCUCCGAAGCCCCCAUGCUUGCAGGGAUCACUUUCACCCGGUCACUCGGCCAUCAUGGAUGGCAAGCGAUGUAAGUGGCUUUUCUGUAACAUACGACCUGAACAGACUCCAGGCGAUUCCUGGUCCAGGAGAAGAGGGGAGUCUAGGCCGGGUGCUGGUGACUAUGAACCCAAUGACCGCCCCCGGCCAAGCUCGCAGCUGGCACCUGUACCGUCAUCCCAAAAUUACCUCCAAGAGUGUUCGGGCUCUCAAGCGUCUUCAUUUGUUGAGGACCGGCGGCAAUGUCAGUUUUGCAGGGGCAUGGAUGGGGUAUGGGUUUCACGAGGAUGGCUUUGUCGCUGGCUUGCAGGUGGCGAAGGAGAUAAUUGGAGGGGAUUGUGACACCUUUGCUGACGUUGAGACAACUGAGGAGGAGUGCAGGCCGACUUGGACCCGUUAUUUAGUACGGGGGAUUGUUAGGGUCGUGCAAGGGCUGAUAGAGAGAAUGGAAUUGCCUUGGUUGGCCGCGCGGGGUCAGUAG